AUGGGAAACACCAAAAGCAACAACAAGAACAAACUUGAAAAUUCUGAAAAAAAACCUGUCUCUUCACUUUGGUCCAGAUCCUCUACACAACAUCAUCGUUUCACAGCCUUCCUAGGAGGACCAAGAAACACUGCUGUUUGGAUUUUCCUCAUUGUCUUCAUCCUCUAUGUUUUGUACUCCACCAACAUCUUCACGGUCGACCGCCGCGAAGAGUGUUCGACCAUUUUCGACUCCUCGACCGAAGAACAUUUACAAACACUAGCCAACGUCUCUUCAACCACCACCACCACCACCAACAACAACAACAACAAUAAUUUUCUCCUUUUCGACGAUGAAGAAGAAGAAGAAGAGGAAGAACAAGAACAAGAAGAAGAAGACCAAACGAUAACCGACCCACUUCGUUUGAAGUCGCGACCCAACGACGCGGGGUUGAAACACAUCGUUUUUGGGAUUGCUGGGUCCUCGAAUCUAUGGGCGAAGAGGAAAGAAUACAUAAAGUUAUGGUGGAGACCUAAGCAAACGAGAGGGGUUGUUUGGUUGGAUAAAAAAGUUUAUACUAGAAGAAACGAAGGGUUACCCGAUAUUCGGAUUUCGAGUAGCACGUCACGUUUCAAAUAUACGAACCGACAAGGACAAAGAUCCGCAUUGCGGAUUUCGAGAGUUGUUUCGGAGACUUUUAGGUUGGGGUUGAAGGAUGUGAGAUGGUUUGUGAUGGGGGAUGAUGAUACCGUUUUUAUUGUUGAGAAUGUUGUGAGGGUGUUGUCAAAGUAUGAUCAUAGGCAGUUUUAUUACAUUGGGAGCUCAUCUGAGAGUCAUGUUCAAAAUAUAUACUUUUCUUAUGCAAUGGCUUAUGGAGGGGGAGGGUUUGCAAUAAGUUAUCCAUUGGCCAAAGAGUUGGAGAAGAUGCAAGAUAAGUGUAUUCAACGGUACCCUGGUUUGUAUGGAAGCGAUGAUCGAAUUCAAGCGUGUAUGGCUGAGCUUGGAGUGCCACUUACUCGAGAACCAGGGUUUCAUCAAUAUGAUGUGUACGGAGAUCUACUCGGACUGUUAGGAGCUCAUCCAGUGACUCCAUUGUUAUCCCUUCACCACCUUGACGUAGUAGAACCAAUUUUCCCUGGAAUGACUCGAGUGAAGAGCCUUCAACGUCUAUUCCAAGCGUCAAAACUCGACUCGUCGAGUAUAAUGCAACAAUCAAUUUGUUACGAUAAGAAACGUUAUUGGUCAAUUUCUGUUUCUUGGGGGUACGUAGUGCAAAUCUUAAGGGGCGUAAUGUCACCAAGAGAGUUAGAAAUGCCCACAAGAACCUUCCUCAAUUGGUACAGAAGAGCAGAUUACACCGCUUACGCUUUCAACACUAGACCUGUAACAAAACACCCUUGUCAAAAGCCUUUUGUUUUCUACAUGGGAAGUACCCGUUACGAUCCAGCUAAAAAACAGAUCAUUGGUGUGUAUGUUCGUGAAAAGUCUCGUCACCCGUCUUGUCGUUGGAAAAUGCCCUCGCCCGACAAGCUUCACUCUAUCAUCGUCGUCAAGAAGCCCGAUCCUUAUCGAUGGCAAAAGUCACCAAGAAGGGAUUGCUGCAGAGUUCUUCCAUCACGUAAGGCCACCACGUACUACUUAUCAGUGGGAAACUGCCGUGGAGCUGAGAUUAGUGAAGUUGGUUGA